AUAAGCUGCGAUGGUCCGUUUAUUUAACUUCAAAAAGAUUAAAUUUACCCAUCUCUAAAAAGUGCUGAUAAAAUAUAAAGUUUUAUAUUUCGUUUAUUUUAAACGGUUGACGUUGCAAAAAGAAAUAAAUAUAUAAGAAUGCCGGCAUUCCACUCGGAGAUCGAGGAGUUCCAUGGAUCGGUGGGCAAUAUGGCUAUUCUGCCAUUACGUACACAAGUCCGAGGACCAGCGCCCAAUGUUGAUAUUCCCAACGAUAUCAUCGAUGAGUCAUUAUACUUCUGGAAGUCAAACAUUUUUUUCCGCACAUACGAAGUUAAGUCGGAAGUGGACCGAGUUCUUAUCUACAUAACUCUGUACGUAACAGAAUGUUUGAAGCGUUUGGCCCGCUGCACGAGUAAGGCACAGGGUCAGCAGGAGCUCUAUAGCCUGGCCAUCUCUCGGUUCGAUCUGCCCGGCGAUCCGGGAUUCCCCCUGAACGCCAUCUACACCAAACCCGACGAUCCGGAGAUUAUGCGGCAAUAUUUCCUGCAACUGCGACAGGAAACCGGACUGCGAUUGUUGGAGAAAGUCUUUGAUACUCCGGAUGACAAGCCCAGCAAGUGGUGGAUAUGCUUUGCCAAGAAAAAGUUCAUGGAGAAGAGUCUUUCCGGACCAGGAAUGUAUUAAUAAAUACAUAUUACUGUAUUUUGUUUGUAAAAAUGCUAGUUUUCUAAAGAUUCUGAAAUAAUACUGUCGAUUUUAAAAUAUAAAUAAACAAUAUUUCUAUCAAUGUACAAUUUUAUAUGCCAAGAAUAUUGAACUUUUUCGUUCAAAGUCAUAAUCCUCAUUUUUCGUUAAAAAUUAUCAUUACAAAGCCAAAAAUUGUCCAAAUAUUGAAUAUCAUACUUUGUUGAGCUCUUAAGUUAAUUCCUAUUAAAACUGUAUUCAAAGAUAAAAAUGUAAAUUAGAAUAAGUUUUUCGGAAAAGAUAAUAAUGAGACCCCUUAUCGAAAAUGAGAAAUUUGAAUUCUCCUUAUUUCCCCUUUUAGGUGACAGUAUUAUGUCCAUAACUAAGUCAAUAAUGAUCCGAAUCUGGAACGGCAUACCUCGUUGAAUUCGUUAUUAAAUUUCCAAGAAAACUGCAUUCUCACCUAAAAAUCUUAUUUUUUAUUCAUUUUUCUUAAAAAAGACGAUGUUACUCCUUAUAGAAAAUGUUAAAUUUCGUGGUUGUUAGUUUUAGUCGUUAGUUACACAAAAAACUCUUUCUUUCCGCCGUGCGACUUGUUUUGUUAGUGCUUAAAGGCUAUUGAAAAAUAUUAAAAACAUAAACAUUUUUAACCUAUCCGAUUCACUAAUUCUCUCAGCCCCCUAAAACUGGACACUUUUAAUCCCUAACACAGAUCUCUCUCCUUUUAACUUAAUAAUUUAAAGUUACGCUUACAGUGUAAAAACAUAAACAAUGUGUGCGACUAAAAUAUAUACAUAAAAUAUAAAAUAUUUCAUUAGUU